GGCUCAAGGCACGAUGGGCUUGCACCGCCCGCCUCUCGCGGUGCGCCUGGCCCCACGGGGCCCUAGCCGCUGGGCGGCCAGCCGCAGAGGCUAGGCGGUCGGAUCGCAGAGGGGACCCGUACCUCCGACACCUUGGAGCAGCCAGCGCCUGGCAGCACCUCCUCCUCCUCCUCCUCCUCCUCCUCCUCCUCCUCCUCCUCCUCCUCCUCCUCCUCCUCCUCCUCCUCCUCUAGGCACGAGCAGCGGCACGAUCAUGACCUCUCGGCUGCCCGCGUGGACUUCUUGGAUCGGCUCUGGGCCCCCUCUUUCCCCGCACGCACCAGAGCUGUGCCUUCCCGCUGCGCCGCCGACGCGCUGACGAGGGCGCCCUGGCGCCGACGUCCAAAAAAACUGGAGGCGCACUGGAUAUGGAAUCUGGCCCCCCAAAGGCUCGAUUUUUGUCCAUAUCCAGUGCGACUCGGCCUCGCGGUACCCCAUUCCCACACAGUCCAAGACGCUCUGGAUAUGGAUAGAAGUCUUGCCCGCACUAAAAGGCAGGGGGGGGGGCGGUGAAUCGCCCCGCGAGAUGGCCACGCAGGGGCUGCUCGUGGCCGCCUCCCCGCACGACAGCGACACGGAGGCGGCCGCUGGCGCCCCGGCGCUGGCCGCCCCGGCGGGCCGGGGCCUCUCCUCGCUCGGCGGCCGGGGCGCCGCCGCGCUCGCCGCCGCCGCCGCCGUGGGCGUGGCGGGCGCCUUCGGCGCUGGCCUCUGCGCGGCGAGCGCGUUCGCCCCGAGGGGAGGGGGGGGGGGUGGACGGCCGUUACCGCGGAACGUAAAAACACAAUCUCCACCUCCGUCGACCCUGCUGCCGAUGCCGCGAGCGCUCCCGGCCUUGGCGCAGCAGUCUGCAUCCUGGGCCAGCUGUCGCGGCUGGAGAUCGAGAGCAAGGUGCAGAACAUCCUCAAGCCGCUAGCCAGGAGCACCAACGUAGAUGUGUUUUUGUCUCUGGAGAGUGGCGGCGACGGUGUCUUCAACAACCCCGGGACAGCGAACAAUUCGGGCGCCAGCUUCUGCGGCAGUUCGGAGCUGGACGAGGGGGAGGUGAGGAAGGCGUUUGCGCCAUACUUCAGGGAUGGCGUGUUCGGGCCGCACUUGACUGAAAACGUCACCCUAGAGAGAUGGCCGAAGCUGUACUUGUUCAAACAUGGCGACGCCGACGAAGCAGCCCGUGCCGCCCGCAGGAAACACAUAGCCAAUGUCCUUAGCCAGACGAGGCACCAGCUAGACUGCGCUGAGCUUAUUCAAAAGAGCGAGAAAUCUGCAGGGCGUCAGUACGAUGUCGUGGUGAAGGUGCGCGAGAACACGAUCGCUCUGCGGCCAGUGAUUCCAGAAAAGCUCAUGUCAAUCACAGAGGUAACCAUCAAGCACUGUCAGUGGUGGGGGGGCGUCAACGACAAGGUCAUGGCGCUUCCACGAAUGUACCUCGAGAAGUCGAUUGGAGCAGUUUACCCUGCCAUGCAGGCCGUGAUGCAAGACGCAGAGCCUCUGUCUGCAAUGCUCGCGCUCAUUGGGGACAGGUCUGAGAACACGGAGCAAGUUGUCAUGUGGACGCUCAUUGGUAAUCGGGUGCCUUUUCGCGAACGGGGAUUCGAGAUGGGAGACUCUGAUGGCGACGACUACCUGCCUUUCGUGGACGGCAGGUGCUAUCCCAGCGAGGUGCCUGGAGGACAGGGGCGCUGGUGUGUCGUGUCUCACUGCAAGGACUGCUGGCCGAGCCAGCCCUGGACGUUGAACGUCACCUGCGCGGUGACCUCGAAAGGCGAGAAGCCGCCAGAGGCAUACAGAGACGCCGGCGUCACGGACGCCACGGAACUGUCGGACCCGGACCCGGCGCAGGAGUGCUUCUACGGCAUCUACAGGUGAGCGGGCCCCGUGCCGCAGGGCGCGGGUCCGAGGGCUGGUGUUGCUGCGCCAGGGGCCACUACCACGAGGGUUUCCCACGUAUGCGUGUAGAUCGCUGGCAGCCCCCAGCGUCGCCGCUGCAAAGACAGCGCGAGACUGGAGGGCAGUUCGGGUCGUGCGCCGAUUUUUGCAGGCGGUCUUCUUUAUCUGAGGGCCUGCGUUCCAGAUUCUAGAUCGCACGUCAUCCAGCCACCCCAAAGGGCGUUGGCUGCAUGGGCGCAACGCUGCGCCACAUUCUGGAUGCUGCACACACUACAGGCCUCGGAUCUAAUUAGCGAACACUCAUGCCACAUUCAUCUGUCA